GUGUGUGGCUCCACAUGGUACAGCUCUCAGAGGAGGGGACGGAUAAUAAGAGUGUGGAGUUGAACUAAUGCCAUUGCACUGACUCAUCCAGGGAGAGCAAAGGAGCUCAGAGAACAAGAUACCAGAGAGACUCUGAGACAGAAAGGGGGGCAGGCGACAAGGGGGGAGAAGAGAGAGACUCACACGCGGGCAGAGACGAGCAGGUAGCAAGUGUAAAGAUCAAUAAUUAAGGGAGUUUAAAAAGAAAUCAAGAGGCUAAAAUCCUGGACUGAGUCAUCCAGUCCAGUGAGAGCAGGGAACUGGCACUUUUAUAAAGCACUUAAUUAAACAGGAGGCAAAGAGCCUCUUGAUUGAAAACUACAGAGCCAGAGAAGCGUUGAAAACAGAACAAAUAUUCACAGGAAGUCUGAAGGAGGGCAAUAGACACGCGCGUUAUAAGUGUGUGUGUUUAGGACUCUUUUUCCUCCCUUUUCUCUUCGGAGCAAAUGUGACAGAUUUUAAGAUAGAAAGAGACUAAAACAAAGAGAGACGUCUAAUUACACUUCUUUUUGCGGCAAAUUUUAAAUCCACAUUUUUUUGGAGUGCACCAAAGACCUCUGGGAUUAGAGAGAGUGGCUCUAUUUUGUGAAGUGGGAAAUAUUAUUCCUCCCCAGUCUUGCGUGGAGGAAAAGGUUGAGGAAAGGGCUUUAUUUUAACGCUUUUUAUUUAAAAAAAAAUCUUUACGGAGUGCAGUUGGAAGGCUGAAAAUAAAAAUCAGGCGAGAGAGGUGGAGAAAUAGAGCGUGUGUGUGAAGGAAAAAAACAUUGUGUUUCUCUCCGGCUUCUACCUCGGAUCAUGUACCAGGACUAUCCCGGGAACUUUGAUACCUCCUCCAGGGGCAGCAGCGGCUCUCCAGGCCACCCAGAGACUUACUCCAGCGGCACAGCACAACAGAAAUUCCGGAUAGAUAUGCCAGGAUCAGGCAGUGCUUUUAUCCCCACCAUUAAUGCCAUAACAACCAGCCAAGACCUGCAGUGGAUGGUCCAGCCCACCGUGAUCACCUCCAUGUCGAGUCCCUACUCUCGCUCACAUCCCUACAGCCAUCCUCUGCCCAGCCUGUCUUCAGUUGGUGGACAUACAGCCCUUCAGAGACCUGGUGUCAUAAAAACUAUUGGGACCACAGUGGGCAGGAGGAGAAGAGAUGAGCAGCUGUCACCUGAGGAAGAGGAGAAGCGAAGGAUCCGGAGAGAGAGGAACAAGCUGGCAGCUGCUAAGUGUCGUAACAGGCGUCGAGAGCUAACAGAGAAACUCCAGGCGGAAACGGAGGAGCUGGAGGAAGAGAAAUCAGUGCUGCAGAAGGAGAUCGCUGAACUCCAAAAAGAGAAAGACAAGCUGGAGUUCAUGCUGGUGGCUCAUGGCCCUGUGUGCAAAAUCAGCCCCGAGGAGCGACGCACCCCACCAUCUCACAGCCUCCAGACUGUCCGGACUGGAGUGAGUGGAGCAGUGGUGGUGAAGCAGGAGCCGGUGGAAGACGAGAUCCCAUCCUCCUCUUUGGGCCUCGACAAAGUUCAGAGAUCUGUCAUUAAGCCCAUCAGCAUUGCAGGGGGGUUUUAUGGGGAGGAGCCACUCAACACUCCCAUUGUGGUGACCUCGACACCCGCGAUCACCCCUGGUACCUCCAACCUAGUCUUCACAUACCCCAGCGUGCUGGAUCAGGAGUCUCCUCUCUCCCCUUCGGAGUCAUGCUCCAAAGCUCACCGGAGAAGUAGCAGCAGCGGUGACCAGUCCUCAGAUUCCUUGAACUCUCCAACCCUGUUGGCCUUGUAACCUCCCUGUGUCCCACAUUUGCCAGUGUGUUACAUCGCCACCCAGGACUGUGGGGUGGAACCUCCUCCACAAGAUUAAAGACAGGCACAAGGGCGUUCAAGCACAAGGGCAGUGAGAGCAAGAGAAGGGGAAAUGUGGCUCCAGGAGCCUCCUGGAGCAGGAAGAACAAGAACAAAUGUAAACUCCAUGGAAGCAGAAAUGGUGAUGGUGGAAAUGACAUGCCCAGUCCAUCUGGAGAGGGGAAUCUCCCCUCUGGAGGCGCUGCCUAUGGAAACCUCUUCGUGUGUUUAAUGGACUUGGGAAACACGCUUGGCCAGGACUGGAGGCGAGCCGCAGAAAAUCACUAGUCACCCCCUACCUUUGUGAACUGAUCUGAUUAGUUACUCUCUGUGCUUUGUUCAUUCUGGUUCAUUGAUCUCUCUCUCUCUCUUUCUGUUACUGAUCCCAUGACAUUUCAUCUAGUCGAUAUCCACUCUAAAGGCUUGUUAUGAUCUUUGCUAGCUGCUGCUGCUGAUGUUGGGAGGGGCUGUGGGAAAUUCUUGCUGUUGUCAAGAUGGGGAGUGUUGGGAGGAGUCACAAAUGCUUGGUCACAGGGAUGGUGCUUGUAAGUCAAUAGCCCACAAGCUCAGUGGCAAGGACGCCAUGAACUGAGGGGGAAGAUUUGUUUGGAGGAGUUGGAGAGUGAGAGAUGGACAUUUUUGUCCCAUUUCCCCCCUCUUCCUCUGCAUGUUGCAAAGGUCAGAUUAGCAGAAUGCCUAGUAAUGGGAACUGGAAUGGUGCCCCGGUAGCUGAUAGGGUACCAGAGUCCAUUUCCAGUAGCUAGUGUCUUUGGCAGCAUUUCUCCUGUAAUUAGUGUUUGUCAAAUCUGCUGCUGGACCCUUUGUUUCCUUCACCCUGGCCAACUGCCACCUUGGGCGCAAUGCAUCCUGCUCCUCUUCCUCCUCCUCCUCAGUGUGCCUGACUCAGAUGCUGAUUCCACUCCAUGGGCAAACCCUUCUUCCUCAGCCCAUAUUUCCAGAACAUAUCACUGACGAAGUGACAUUCCAGUGCAUCCAGGAAAGAGAUUUACUAAGAACAAAAGGGUGAAGUUGCCUGAAUGUUCUCUUGUCACCCAGGCAACAAUGCAGUUUGCAUCUCUGCUGUCUUUCCUUGUCUGUAGCAUUGCACCUUGAUUCCUAGCCCCUGUUGUAGUUUGCUACUUGCUGGAUUGGGGGAUUUUUAAUUCUGGUAUUCAGGACGAGCAGAGCCUCUGCCUCUAACAGUGGAUCCUCUGUCUUCUCCUACGCAGGGUCUCAGCUGACAGUGCCGAGUGCACACAAUGGGCAUGGCCAUUUAAAAUUAAUGUUCACUACUGAAAAUAGUGAUAGGCUUAACCUCAACUCCUCUGGAGCCAAGUCCAGCUCCUACUGAAGUUGAUGGUGCUUGCACACCGUGCUCAGGUGCACCAUUGGGUUUUCCAAGAUCGAGUGCAUGGAUGUUGGGUCAGGCUCCUGGUGUAGUAGCUGAAAGCUCAUUUCAGUGCAUUCAAAGAAUAUCUCCAUUAGUCUGUCCAUUGAAGCUGCUGUCUCAGCAUAUCUAAUUGUAUGUGGUAUAAUCUUCUUUGGUUUAUCAAUCGAAAUCUGGGUAUGUUCUGAAUUAGGCUGGACUGUGGAGAAAUCUUUGGUGCAGUGUUUUAUUUUAGGGCCCAGUCCUGUGAGAUGCUGAGCACUCUCGGGUCCUACUGCCUCUAUUGGGAUUUAGCAAUACUCAGCACCUCAGAGGUUUGGGCUUUUUCUGUAGUAAUCAUGGAUUCUGUCAGACCCUCACUGUUGUAUCAGUUUUAAAGGGAUAGUGUCUGAAUGUAGGUUUUCUUUAAAACCAAACCAAACCCACGCAUUUACAAAAUUUGCCAGGAACAGAAAUGUUUUAGUGACUUGUUCAUGAAACUGAAAUUCAUUGAUUCUGUUUUUUCUUAAUUAUGUGAACAUUCCUUACUUUAUGCUAGUGCCAGAGACCCAAAACUGACUACAGACCAAAGGUAAAACUAACCAGUUAGCUUCAUUGUCCUUAGUUGAAGUGGAAAACUUAACUGAUUAAUGGAAAUAAAGGUAAAUGAUUUUAAACAUUUUUCAAUAAGUAGCCCAGAGAAGAUUCUGUAAAAUGUCUCCUAUGUUUCAUUUCCACUCAUGCAGGGCAGAAGAUAAUAUUAACAAGCGGUGACUCCUAAACACAUGUAAUUUCUCCCUGGGCCAGUUGACCUGAGCCACUGUUCUGCAGGGACCUCCCUAGAAUUAAUUCAUGAUUAGCAUACUCAUUAAGAAGAACUGAGUAGGUACCUGUUUCCCCAUCUUUCUGAGGAUUACAAAACUGGUAGUGUGUGAGCAAAAGUCUCUUCUAAAGUCUCCUUAGUACCAAACUGAAUCUGUGGUGUCUUGAAAAAUAACUUGUCCCAUCUUCUAAUGUGUCUUCAGGUGAUGCUCACAAUCCCAUCAGCUAUCUACUUGAUUUGGGAUCAGACAGUCCUUUUCAUUACUGUGGAGGGGUGGAGAGAAAUCUGUUCAAGAGUGGAGGACCUAGCCAGCUUUUGUGGGCAAUCAGGGUAGCAAAAUAGAACGUGUCUGAAAUAAAUUUUCAAGUGUCCUUUCCCCUGCCUAUAAAACCCUCUUUUGCCAGCCAACCAGAGUUAGUCCCAGAAAUGAGAAAUUAUCUUUUCACAUCUGGAUUGCUUUCUAUAAGAUGUCUCAAGUUUUUUUCCCCCCUCCAGAUAUCGGAUCCUCUUCUGCUUAAUUGGGCAAGUUUGGGCCCAAACUUAAUUGGGCCUUCCUCUGCAGCACGGGCCUGGGUCACUUGCAGGUUUAAGCUAGUGUAAAUCGGGGGUUCUCUGUAACUUGAAGUCUUUAAACUGUGAUUCGAGACUUGAAUAACUCAGCCAGAGGUUAGCGGUCUAUUACAGGAGUGGGCGCCUGAGAUUCUGUGGCCUGAAAUGUGCAGGAGGUCAGACGAGAUGAUCAUGAUGGUCCCUUCUGACCUCAAAGUCUGAGUAUUAGCCUGUGUCUGUCUCUCCUCCAAGCCAUAGAACCCCACUCCUCAUCUCUGUGACGUGGUCAUACAGCCGAGGGAGAACCAGGCUCCUCUUUAGUCCUAGUUCGUUGAGAUGUUACCCAAAGGAGCCCCAGCCUCCUCUCUGGUACUCACCUUCCUCCUGCCCAGGGCUGGCUCCAGGCACCAGCCGAGCAAGCUCAUGCUUGGGGCGGCAGAUUCUAAGUGGCAGCAUUCUGCCCAAACCUAGGGUGGCGUGGCUGCCUUUCUUUUUUUGGUUCGCCGCUCUGGUCUCCCUGCACCCUGGUUGGUUUUUUUUGUUUUUUGCUUUGCUUGGGGCAGCAAAAAAGCCGGGAGCCGGCCCUGCUCCUGCCCUCGCUGUUCCCCUUGUUUUGAUCUUUCAGUGAGCACUUCAGAGCUGAGCCCGAGACAGCGGCAUCCCUGCUGAGUGGUGACCUCUUAGGCAGUGUGUUUGUGACCAUUAGGAGCAGAGGAACCCUUUUCUAAUAUCUGAAAAUACCUUGGACCACUUGUCAGUUGACAGUUUUUAUAGUUGUGUCUCUUAUAAAUUAAAACAAACAGAAAGCAAGAGGGGAAAAUCUAGAAGCUCUGCAGCUUUUUCCAUCUGCUUUCUUUGCCCCCUCCCUCAGAAACCCUUCAGGGAAUCCCAGGUUAAGAACCUCAGUUGUUAGGCCACAGGGCUUGUGCAUUCCACUUGAGUGGAGGCUUCUCAGGGCAGGUAGCCUUGGCUUUGCUUACUCUGUUGCAAAUCAGACACAGCAUGACCUCUCUGCUGCUGUGAGCUGGCUCUGGAUUCAUCUUUUACCAGUGUCAGUUUCACUUGCCCUCUUUGAGAUAGUGAUAUGCACCACCAUUUUGCAACCAGGAAUCUCCAUGUACACCUGUGUCAUGGUGAUUUCUAAAUGUGCAAUGUCUUCAAAUGUUCUCUUUGUAGUUGGGGACAUAUCGCAACUAGGGUCUGAUCCAAAGGCUAUGUAAAUCCAUGGCCAUCUUUCCAUUGACUUCAACAGGCUUUGGAUCAGUCCUCCAGUGUCUGGCCCCGGCUCAGUAAAGCCCUCGAGCACGUUUAAAGUGUGCAUGCAUCUGACGAAGUGGGUAUUCACCCAUGAAAGCUUAUGCUCCAAUAGUCUAUAAGAUUCCACAGAACUCUGUCACGUUUAAAAUAAAUCGCUCCUGAAUUGGAGGAGCAGCAGCAAAGGAAACAUAAAUCAAAGGCAACAUUCUUUCAACCUCCACAUGCUUUUUCUCAUGCUGAUUUCAGCCCAUUUCCCAUCCCCUCCCAGCUCUGGCAUGGCCCCUAUCUAUUCCUUCCUCUUUGGUGAGGGGGCUGACUAAGUCUGAAAGCUGAGUGAUAGCCCUGGGACCAACCUGCUGGGGGCCAAUAGUUUGGGUUGGUUUAUUUUUUUUGAAAUAUUACUUAAAUGAUCUAUUAAAUUCAUCCGAACCCUUUAUUUUGCUGCUUUCUGUAUGUAGGAUCCACCUGGCCUUCAUCCUAAAAAAGUCUAGUAUCUCAUUAUUUAUUGGCAGGCAAACAUUUUGUGUCUGCUCCAACAGCUCUGCCCACCAUUAACUUAACAUCCUCCCAACUCAUGUUCCUGUUUUGGUUUGGUUUGGUUUUUUUCAACUCUAAAGCAGAAUUCUGAAAUGCUUUAAAAUAAUAAUUUCCAUAGUGACCAUUACAAGAUCAUUCUCAUCAGAAAGGCCAGAUCAAACAUUUUAAGAAAGGAGGGAACAAUUUACAUUUUAUUUCUUAUUUAUUUGUCAUGUUUACAUCUUUCUCGGUUCCAGACCUGGAUAUAAUAAUGAGAGCAUUAAAAAUACUUCAAUUGUUUGGUUUUGCUGGUUAAUAAUGCUUUUUUCUUUUACUUAAAAAGGAAAAAAAAAAAAGAUUCCUGAAUUAUUUUUUUCUUGUCUGUAUAAAAUGUAUAGAGAUAUUUGUUUUUAAAGAUGCAUUAUCACUCCUUUGUGAACAGUAGCUGGGGCUGGGGACAAAUCUCAGAGUACAAGAUAAUAAAAUCCUAUCCUGUUCUACUUAAUUGUUCUCACCGUAUGAUUAAAGGGUUAUUCCACUUUGUUGUUUGUGGUUACUUGAUAUUAAAAAUGUGUAGAAACUAGGUAUCUGAUUGUUUUUGCUCAAUGAGAGGAUAAAACGUUGUGUAUAUAUUUAGAUAUACUGUGUAGUUCAAAGUAACAUCAGUAAGGGAUAGUGCAUCUUUAUUAGAGCGAGAAGUUACUAGUGUCAACUGAAGUCUACUUUAAGAUCCUUGAAGAAAACAGCCUGAUUCUGAUUCCAUUGCCAGUGUGUAAAUCAGGAGUAAUGCCUCUGAAAAGGGAAUAAGUGGAGUUACACUGGUAUAAAACUGGUGUGAGAGAAAUUGGACUCACUCCCAAGAUUCAUACAAAUCUGUGGCGAUCUAUGUAUGUUUGGGGCACCAUUAUUCACUCCCCCCCACAAAUUUAGAUAAUUUUUUUUCUUUUUGCCUGGGGUGAAAUGAUUCCUAUCAAGAAGGUUCUUAAAGAUGACUGCUAAAUUGGGACUCUUUGCUCAUUUUGAUCUUUGUAUAGUUCUUGCGAUCAUGGAAAAUCUUGGCUCUGAAGCAAUCUCUCUGGUGUUGUCUCUUUUCUGUUUUACUGUAAUACAGGCCUACAGUAUUUGCACUAAAACAAAAAGCUUGUUAGAGAAAGCUUGCUGCUAUGAAAGAAAGAACAUAUUAAAAUAGUUUUGCUUUUACAAUUUUAACGGAGUAGCAUUUUGUAGAAUAAAAUCAAUUUAGAUUGGAAAAGAAGAAUUAAGUUUUUUUUCUUCCCCCCUCCCUCUUCUUUUCAUCCUUCUUUCUUUUCCUUCCAUUCCUUCAUGGUUUGUUCCUCCUCUCCCACGGUGCUCAGUUGUAAUGAUUGCCUGUGUUGUUGACGAUGCUGCUGGGAGUUAUGACACUUGUAAAUCCUGUUUUAAUGACGUCGUGGACACUUUGUAUAAUGAGAGCUAACUGGAGUUCUUCUCUCUGUUAACUGAAGUCAUUAAAAGGCUGUCUUGGCUAUGAACAA